AAAAAAUCUGGAAAAAAAAAAACAAAAACAAAAAAUCUGCAUAGUGGUUGGCACUUUUUAUAAGUUACCUACUUACCAGUGGCAAAUUGGUAAUGAAGAUCCUUUAUAUAUCACGUUAGAACAAGACACAUUAACUCCCACCCCACACAUCCAAAGAAAAGAGAAAAAUACAUGGCUGGCCCCUCUCAAUAUCCAAAAAAACCUCUCCCUUCUUCCCUCAAACCAUCAUCUACUACUUCUUCAUCUUCAACCUUAAACUCCAUGAAGCUCAAGAACCUAAUACAAUCCUUUAUUUUCUCCCAUUUAUACCGUGUUUUUCGAGCUCUAGCCAAAGCCAAAUCAAUCUUGUUUCAACUUGUGAAGAACGUUCAGUUAGUCGAUCUUCUCGAAUUUCCCAUGAUGAAGAAGAACAAGAACAAGAAUAAUGCCAAAUUGUUUCUUGGUUCAUUUAGGUUGCACUAUAAUUGGUGUUCUUCUCAUGUUAUGCCAGUGCCUGUGCCAACUGCUCUUGAGGAUUGCUCCACUGGUCAUGUUUAUUAUGACUCUACCUGGAAUUCUAUCAUUUCUACUGCUUGUGAUGAGUCUCAGCUCUCUGACUACCUUCAAUGGCUUGAAGAGAAAGCUAAUUCGGACGAAAAUAUUAAUGGGAAUGAUAUUGAUAAGCUUGCUGAUAUGUUCAUUGCAAAUUCUCAUGAAAGGUUCAGGUUGGAGAAAGUUGAAUCUUAUAGGAGAUUUCAAGAAAUGUUGGCUAGAAGUGUAUGAAGCUACUAACAAGGUCUAUGGAGGGGUUCGAUGUUAGAUAAUUUUCUCACAUUUUGGAAGGUGGAGCUUUUAUUUUUCUUCCUUUUUUAUUCCCGUGAUUUUGGAGAGGUAGGUCUUGUGAGAUAACAAUUGGUGGUGCGUAGAAUAUGGAGUACUGAGAUUGAAAAUCUCUCUUUGGAUGAUUUGUUACAUCAUGAGAUUAAGAUGGGGUAUGAAAAUUUAUACAUGAUGGGCUUCUGGAAAUUGUGCAAUUCUUCUCUUUGACAUAAGUUAAUACCUUGAAAUCUUAAAUUUAUUCUCCUAGCUUUCUCGUGUCAACAAUUUGAAUGAUAUUUCUAUCUCUUUCUUUUCUU